AUGGUAGUCAUGUCACGAUUAAGCUUCUCAGUGACAGUGGUCUUGCUACUCUUACUGCUCGGUCCCGGUCAAAGCAACGCUUCCGCAUCUGCUGAAGAAGAGGCAAAGUUCAGUCCAGGCGUGGCUGUAGUCCUGAUAGUACUCGUCAGCAUUUUCUUCGCACUUGGAUGCGUCUCCGUCUACAUGCGAAGUUGUCUCGAGCGUGCUCUAGGGAUCAACGAUCGUCGAUCCGGUGACCCGGGAAACUGGCUUAACGUGAGGCAGACGACGAGUGGGCUAGAAUCGUCUGUCAUCGAAACGUUUCCGACGUUUCGUUACUCCACCGUGAAGACGUUGAGGAUAGGCAAAGAAGCGUUGGAGUGUCCCGUUUGCCUCAAUGAGUUCGAGGACGACGAAACGCUGCGUUUGAUACCUCAUUGUUGCCACGUGUUCCAUCCUGGUUGCAUUGAUGCCUGGCUACGUGCAAACACCACGUGUCCUCUCUGUCGCUCUAAUCUCGUUCCGGUACCGGGUGAGUCCGUUUCUUUCGAGAUACCCGGUCAAGCCAGGGAAACCGGUCAGAACUCUCCCGGAAUGCCGAGCGAUGAUAACCGGAGGAAGGUUUUGGGUUCUCCGGACGACCGGUUGUUUGACUCUGUGGCUUGGACAGGUAACCAGAGCAUGCCUCGUAAGUCCAUGUCUACUGGGUGGAAAUUAGCCGGAUUGCUCAGCCGGUCCAGUUCCACCGGUCAACCGGGGGAGAAUCUAGACCGGUUCACGCUAAGAUUACCCCAAGAGAUACACGAUCAGCUGAUGAACCAAGGAUCAAAAGGCAACGUGGCGUUACCUCAAGUGAGGAGCUCGUUAGAAGGGUACAGGACGGGAAGCCUAGGGACAGAAAAAAACUACUUCUACUUUGAACGGUUCGACAAACAUGGACGGUUGGACCGAAGACCCUUUUCUAUAACUCCUCCGUACCGGACCGGUUCGAUCCAGUCUCCAGAUGGGGAUAUCGAAGACGACGGUGAUUAUCAGGAGGGUGCUGGUCAACCAAAAGGUGUGCUUCUAGCGAUAAGGUCACCGUUUGAUCGGUUAUUCACUGGGAAGAACAAUGUUGGUGAACGUUCGUACCUUCGAUCCGGCGAUGCAAGCCCUGUGUAG